AUGACGUCUCAGCACGAAGCCUCAUACCUUCUCGUCGACUCGAUUCGCCCUCCGCAGGCCAUGGCUCAGACUCAGACCGUCACCUACCGCCGUCGCCAGAACAAGAGCUGCGAUCAGUGUCGAUUCGGCAAGCGCCGCUGCGAUGUUCAAGUGAGCAUCCAGCACCUCCGCGAACACGACCCUCUCGCCAUUGACCGCAGCAAAGAGAGUGAGACUUCGACCAUCUUUUUACAUCCUUCUCCCUGCUCAAACUGCAAGAAAUGGAAGAAAACGUGCACGAUCGAUUGGAUACGCUCGCGAAGGUCGAAAGGCACAUCUCGCGUUGCGAGGGAAGUCGUAGAGCAUGGAGCGUACAGUGACUGGAACUCACAUCAUCCCCCCGAAAGUGUCGACUCGAUCCUCGGCGAUCCUCUAAGCAAAUCCAUCUCCAGCGACUCUUGUCAGGAUGAUUUCCGUCUUGCUUCGAUGGCGAACGCCUCCUUCAACAACUUCUACCUGGCGCAGCAAGAGGAUCCAGCCAUCCCAACAGAUUCGCAGCCUUACCAGACUGCCUAUGAGUAUACACCUCUUCAGCCCAUGGAGUCGAAUCUAGGCAGUAUCGAUGCCACCCAAUUCGCGCUCGAACAGGGUUUUCCGAUCGGUAGCCAAUCUGCGUCAAGUUACAGCUCCGACAACUUUGGCUUCUGGGGCACGCCGAUAUCGAAUACUCAGUCAAUUGCGGGUUCUCAAGGAUACGAGCCAGCUCCAGAAGAACCUCGCUACUCUCCUUCCCUUCAGGACUACGUAUUGCUCGGCAAGACUCCUUCGCCAUUCGCCUCACAUUCACUCGCGGAGGAUCAUAAUCGGCUGUACAUCAAAAAGGGCCUCCUGAAGAUUUAUCAUGAUUCGCUGGAAGGCGCACUGAGCUGCUGGCUCACCGAAAGAAACUGUCCCUACGCUUCAAGUCCAUUUGUUGACGAAAAGGAUGUGUGGAGUUCGAAAUGGUCCAACAGAAUAGUGACGCGAGUCCGCGCACUCGACGAAGCCUACUCCAAAAGCGGUCUUAUAUCCAAGGACGAGCAGAAGCAAGCUUCAAAUGUGCUGAGCCUCGUUGUUAUGGCUUUUGCGGUGCAGUGGGCUCAGACUUCGUAUGGUAACCAGUACGGAAAUCAUAAGAACCUCAGUACUCAACUGCCCGAGCAUGGUAUUUUUGGGCGGAAUAUGCAAAAAGCACUCUGGCACAAAGCGAACAUGGCGCUCAGUCAGGCCGCAGGCAAUCCAUCGUUCAAGAUCAUCUUCGCUGGUAUCAUCCUGUCGUUGACACAACGUCCAAUGGACUCCGCGGAGGUUCUCCCUAUGCCAGGCGCGCAAAGGCAGGGCAACCUGGCAUCAUUGCGCAAGGUCCUCAACGAUGACAAUGGCCCCACGCUGUUGGAGGCUGCAGUCCGCAAACUACACGACCAUCGACGGAGGCUAAAAGAUGCGGAAUGUGCUCUCGACAAAAGCUUUUCAAGGGGACAGCCGUCACUCAACCUUGGCGAGCAAGAUAAACAAACAUUCGGACUCCUCUUCUGGCUAGCCGUCAUGUUUGACACUUUAUCUUCAGCCAUGAACCGUCGAUCUUUCGCACUAAAUGAUGGCGACACGAAAAUGGAAGAUGUCGAGUCAACACCUGCUCCAAGGCUUUCAACGUCCCUCAACGGCUUCGCCUAUGACCUCGAUGGUUAUUCUGACUUUCAAACAAUGAACAGCUCCUACCUCUCACGGGAAUCUGAAGUAUGGGGGAACUACUUUCUUCGUCAACAUUCCCGCAUUGGAGACGUUCGCAAGCAAACUACCCGUUGGCCUUGCUCCUACCUUGACGCGGCCUCAUGCCUGGCUGAUGCAGCACCCGUCAAGGUGCUCGUCUUUCGCCGAUUAGGUCAUCUUCAGGACCUCUACUAUCAGCAGGCGCCUGCUGAGGAGAUUGAGAAGGCCAUUGCAGCUACACUGGAGGUCUACAACCAUUGGAAGAUUACAUAUGGUCUAUUCAUUGGCGAUUGUGUACGCCACCACGAAAGCCUACCACCUCGGAUUCAGUCAUGGUACAUUCUCCUGGCCAGCCACUGGCAUUUGGCGAUACUUUUGCUGGCCGAUUUGGUUGAGAAAAUGGACGAGUUGCAUAUGACCUUGCAGGCCAACCGAACUACUAGGCAGACAACGGAUUUCGCGCAAGCCUUGCGUCUACACUCUGUGUACGCAGUGUCUGACCUUGGUCGGUGUUCUCGCUUAAGCGACGAAGAUCACUCAUUUUCGCAAUCGCCUGAUUUCCACCACGCGGUCAACAAGGCGGCCCUGCUCACGGAGCCUUGGACAGUGGUGCUGGUGCGCUCGUUUGCACACGCAGGCGAAGUUCUUGUCGAACUGGUUCUUUCAAAGCGCGCCACAGGUUUCUUCAUGGAUGCAGUCAACCUCGCCGAGGCGAGGAGCCGUCUCGAUGAUUGUAUUGAAGCCUUGUGGCUCAUAGGCCGGAAGAGCGAUAUGGCACUAUCUGCAGCGAAGAUCUUGCAGGAGGCUGUCGACCAGGGCUGA